GGAAAGUGGCAUACUCUUGUGCUGGAUGCUAAUUAACCUCAGAUUUGCUGUGUGGUAAUUUGAUUAAAGACAUAUUAAAACCUCAGGCCUUUAACCUGGAAAGCUGCAACCAAUCAUUAUUUUCAUUAUCAAUACACCAGACAGUUAUUUUCUUUAAUAAUCACUUGAUUGUUCCGUACACAAAAUGAGAGAGCAGAGAAAAUGCCCAUCACUUUUACCUGCAGCCCAAAUGUAACAUAUUCAAAUAGUAUUUUUCCAGACCAACACUCACUCUUACUCUCAUAGCAAACUGAGAAACUUCUCCACUGUGUAAUUUUCAAACAUUGUCUACAUUGACUUUGUAGGCCCCAGGAUUUCUGGCUGCGCCCCUGUCCGCAGAGUCUUGACCCUCCAUAAAGAUAAAGCUAAGAGGGUUUAAACGCGGCGCUGCGGCGGUGUAGUGACCUCUGUCUGCCGCAGGGUGAAGGGCUCAGCACCGGGAUAAACUCCUGGACUGUUGACGUGAGUACGGCGGCCUGACGGCAUGUAGCUUAUCCAACAUUAUCCCGUCAUUCUCCCGGACAUCUCGUUGCUGUGAGAGCCAGUUGCUGCCUCACUUCAUUUCAAGAUAUAAAGUCAUUUUCUGUCAGGUUAUUAGCACUGCGCGGCUAUCGAUAAUGUCUCUAACUAACUUGCGCUGUCGCCGUUAAGUUUCAGUUGGUCAAAGCAGCAUAGCCGUUAGCUCUCAGUUCAGCUAGCCAACCCAAGUCUCUCUCGCACACAAGCCAGCUAAUGUCUUGUGCGGUCGCGAUCUUUGAACGGCUGUCAGCACCAUCACCGGGACACCGGGUACCCUUCCCCCCCGGCCGUCUGAUGGAAGGGUGAGGGGAACGAUGCUGAAAUUCCUCCACAUCCUUUUAACAGGCCUCUUCGGUGUUCUAUGGGAUGGAGUUCAUGGUUUCGGUGGGGUCAGACUAGUAGAUGGGGAGAACAAGUGUUCUGGGAGAGUUGAGGUACUCCGUCAUGAGCAGUGGGGGACGGUCUGCGACCAUGGCUGGGACCUCCGGGAGGCUGAUGUGGUGUGCCUGGAGCUGGGCUGUGGCUUAGCUGAAUCUGCCCUUCAUGGUGCAGCGUUUGGUACAGGCAGAGGAGAGAUCUGGCUGCGGCAUGUCCAGUGCACUGGACAUGAGUCCAGUUUGACACGUUGUGCUGUUGUCCUUCACAGUAACUCCUACUGCACCCAUGAGAAUGAUGCAGGGGUGAAAUGCUCAGGUACCCUUUUAACGCCCACCCUCACCCUGCUGUCACCUCACACUGUGUUCUCUCCCGGUGAGGCUGUCCGCUUCGGCUGCAGCGUUCUGCUGGGUCAUCAUCUCAGUGACUUCCACCUGUACAAGCAUGGAGUGUCCACACCUCUGGUUACGCAGAGGGCGGACCAGACCCAGACCAGAGUGGAGCUCACACUGUCCGACAUAGAGACUUUCCACCAGGGCAGCUACAGUUGUCGGUACAGGAUCAAGGGCGGCUUCCCCUCUCAGCUGCUCAGCUCUCCACCCAGCAACUCCAUUAACAUCACUGUGGUGGAACUCCUGACUCCCCAACACUGGUAUAACACGUCCUCUGAGGCCCCGGCUGGUUCCGUCAUUAAAGGCCACAGUUUUAACAUCACCUGCUCCACCCCGCAGCAGUACCCUGGAGGUUCCUUCCAGCUGCGUCUGAUCCGUUCCAACGGCACAGUGCGCCAGUCCCUGCCCGCCCUCACCCCGUCCGUCACCUUCACCUUCCCCAACGCCCAGAGCUCCAACGAGGGCUACUACUACUGCCUGUAUCGGGUCCAGCUGGGUGGACGCACAUUCGUCUCCAGAGAAAGCCAGCCCCUGCCUAUAGCCAUAAGAGACCCAGAUCCAUUACUGAGUCCAAUGGUGAUCAGCUGGCUUGUGUCUGGCCUGACAUUUGUUGUAGCUGUCAUUGUUAUAAUCAUUGUGGCCAAGGUACUGUGUAACAAAGAGAAGAAGCCCUCUGAACUGGAGCGAGAGACCAGAACCUGUGUGGACAACACUUAUGUUGCCUUAUCAAUAAACAAGCUAUGACGGGGUAUGCAGGCAACAGAAAACAAAAGAAUCAUCAGUGUGUGGAUCAUCAGAAGGUUCACACUUAAGGAGGCAGGGGACGUAACACAGAACCAAACAGCUCGGUCAGUCAUCCACCACACCUUUGGGAAAAGGCACCAGCUUGACCCAGUUCAGUACAGUCUGGAUGAGGCAUAGUUGUCACCGGACAUUAACGUAGACCAAUGACUUCACACCGAACUUCAGACUAGUGUUACCGCAGGGAAACAGUGGAUGCGAUCAGCUCUUAAACACUGUUAUGGUGAGAUGAUUUGAUCAGACAGCAGGCUGAGGCUAUUUCCAGUUCAGAGUUAGUAAUGGUUAAGGUCAGACUUCAGAUUCAUUCAGACUUGGCAGGUACUGCCAUGACCCCAGAUGUAUGGAGUGGACAACUGCUACUAAAAGCUAAACUGGGGAAACUGUGACGUGGGUUCCUCAGGUCUCUGUGUAUAUGCAGUUCAAAGACAUUGUUUUGUAUUUAUUACCAGGUAACACUAACGACAGGCUCCACUAGCUUAUUAUGUACUUGCUUCCACAGAUCAAUGAUCCUUAAAGGAUUAGAUGUUUUUGUAUUUAAAGUCUAACCCUACUAUGCAUCUUAUGUCAUUAACAACAUGUACAUUAUUGCACUUAAAGUGUGUAAAGUAGAAACUAUAGUUGAUUAAAAUGUUGCUGUUGUUGGA